AUUCAGAAUUUGAUUGGUGCUGUCUAUUUGCUAAGGAAACACCGGUGUGGCUACACGUGGGGAUGGUUUGGACCAAGUGAUAUCGGUUGUCGAGUCAUACAUUAAGAUAUUUUGCAUAGUUGUAGACAAGCCUGCGAUAAUUAAUACAUUAGCGUAAUCAAAUCGGAACCCUAACCAAAUUGAUUGUCCGACUGUUUCCUAUGGCGGACAACGGAGACGACGUGGAUGCUGAAUACAGGAUUCGUGAUGGUGAUUACAUUGUGCUGAAGCGAGGCGAAGUUUAUAAAGCAGCACAAAUCCAGAAGAAAAGAAAAGUCAUCUUUGAAAAGCAGUGGUUCUUUCUCGACAACGUCGUGGGAGAACUGUACGGGACAAUAUUCGAAAUUCAGGCUGGUGGAAUACUCAAACCACACGCUCCAAAACCGAUUCCCAGUGCUGAAGACAACGAAUCUAAGGAGGCAGGAGCCGACAACAGGAAUAUUGUAGACGAUGGCAAAUCCCAGAAACUCACAAGGGAUGACAUUGAGAUGUUGAAGGAGCAGGGUCUGAAAGGCCAGGAGAUUGUACAGCAGCUGAUCGACAACAGCACAACAUUCAAGGACAAGACAGAGUUUGCCCAAGACAAGUACAUCAAGAAGAAAAAGAAAAAGUAUGACAACAACUUGACUGUCCUAAAACCAUGCACAAGGAUACUGGCCAUGAUGUACCAUGGCAGAGAGCCUGGCAAAAUCUGUCACCUGCGUCACGACACCUUGGCCCAGAUGCUGACGCAGGGCAACAUCCACGCGGGCAGCAAGGUGCUGGUGUUUGAGACCUGCGCUGGGCUGGUGCUGGGAGCCAUCAUGGAGAGGAUGGGAGGCUAUGGCUCCGUGGUGCAGUUCUACCCUGGCGGCGGCCCUGCCCGUGCCGGCAUGGAGAACUUCGGCUUCCCCCCUCACUUCCACGAGACGCUGCACGAUUUCCCCCUCUGCAAGGUGAACGCUCUGCUGGCCGGCAGGCUGGGGGCCGAGUCGGGGCCCGAGGCCUCGGGUGAGCCCCAGGAAGAGCUCCAGGACGGGGCAGACGGAGAGGAAGAGGCCCCCGAGGAGAGCCGGCAGAUGGAGGUCAGCACAGAGGGCGAUGGAGAAGACGCCGCAGAGAAGGAGAGGAAAGAGAAGAACAGAGAGAAAAAGGUUCAAGAGAGGAAGGUGAAGAUGGAGGAGAAGAGGAAGAAGCUUGUUGCCACGGCAGCACUGCUAGAGGGGAGAGAUGCAGAUGGGCUGGUGAUAGCGAGUCGUUUCCACCCGACUCCUGUGCUGCUGGGCCUCCUGAAGUUCCUGGCCCCCUCCAGGCCCUUUGUGGUCUACUGCCAGUACAGAGAGCCUCUGAUCGAAUGUUACACGAAGCUCAGGGAACAAGGCGGUGCCAUCAGCCUGCGAUUGACUGACAGCUGGCUCAGACACUACCAGGUGCUGCCUAACCGGACCCACCCUGUGCUCCUCAUGAGCGGGGGAGGGGGCUACCUCCUUACUGGCAUGACCGUCGCCACGGAGACCGAUGCAAGGCCGGUCAAGACUGCAACGCAGGCCAAAGACGCGGAGCCGGAGCCGGCCUCCAAGAGGAUCCGCUUGGAGGAAGUGGACGCCGGCACCGUUAACAAGAGUGAUGCACAGUAGCUUCAUUCCCAAUGGACAGAUCAAUGCUCAUAUGGACCCAACAGUAGAUGUGGCAUUCAGCCUUUUGACAUUACAUGUGUUCAUACCAGGCACUGCCGCCAUGGUACAGAGUUCCUUUUCCACACCAUCAGCAAAGGUCUUGUAUUACUGCCACCUACAGGAUGGCUUGCACAUUGCAACAGUCAAGUCCUGUGCCAAGAUGGCGGCGCACUGGGUAAACGUAUUCGAUAACACUUAACUUGAGUCAUGCUUAUGACAUAAAACUAUCAUAAGAGUGUCGUAACGCAGUCAUGCUUGUGUCAUAAACGUUAUGUCAAAGUCACAAACAUUUUAUGACUGUUGGCAUUCAAACAAUGUCAAAUUUUCAUGACCAUGAAAUGUUUGUCAUUGACAGACAUCAUGUUUAUGACUCGUCUAUGACUAUGUCACGACACUAUUUUGACACUGACACCAUGGGUGCAUUCCAAUAUGCGACCUUGCGUCCUCCACUUGUGCUUGUGUCCUCGCCCCGCCUCCUGGCCCCUCCUCCGUGGAGAAAACAAUAAAGUUUCCCAGCUGUCAGCAUAGCCACAACAACUUUUGGGGGACUGUUUUUCAUUCACCAUCCCAAUUGCAAAUGAGAAAAUAACUUUACAAUUGAGCUUUUGCAAGAUAUUGAUAUAUGAUGUUGUUGUCAGUGAUGUCAUCAUGACAUAUUACUUCCUGGUACGAGGCCAGAAGCACAAGUGGAGGAAGCAAGGUCGCAUAUUGGAACGCACCCCAUAUGACACCGGCGUCAAGUAAAGUGUCACCACAUAUUCUUUCCAAUAGACAGCGGUUUUCAAAUCGACAUCCAAGGUUCCAUGGGUGCAGAUCAAUUCUUGUCCUCCUGUCCUUCUCUCUGGCGUCAGUCCUCAUGACUCUAGACUCGAUGUCCUCAAUGAUCAAGGGUUUUUUGUGUCAUAAAUAUUUAGCAAAAAUAGAACUCAAAGGUCCAUUAUUUUAUUUUCAUUUGGGAUGUUGAAUUGGGGAAAGUCCCCAAAUAUUCGCCCUGCGCUGGUUCAUGGCGGGAAACCUCUUCUCCUCAGAGGUGGACCAACACUGAUGGGAGAGGCCUGGGGUCACAGGACUGGACAGGAGGAUAAAGGUUGACUUGCACCCCAUAUCUAUUGUACAGACCCCCAGGUCUGGUGGGUGGGUGUCCUGUCGGGUGUCUCUAAUUUCCCCACCAAAGAAUGGGAACAGUAUGGAUAAAUCAUGUGUGUGUGUGUGUCCGUUUGUGUGUGUGUGUUUAUUUUUAUUAUUAAUGCCACAUUUUUGCCGCAUUAUUAAUGGUCGUCCUGCAGUGAACAGGUUUUUAGUUGUUUUCUUAGCUUCUUUUUUUCCCACAGUGCACUGGGGCAUGUGGGAUUGUGGGAUAUUUAUGUUUAUGCUACAACAUGAAGUGCCAUGCUGAAACUGUACGACUUGUACUGAUGUGUUUAGGGCCAGCCCUAGACAUCAGGCUUGCAUGUACAGAACUGAAUAAAAUUCUUAACAUCA